GACUCGGACAGCCAUGGACCACGCAGUUUCAAGCCACCAGCGCUCUCGGGUCUGAUCUGAGCAGCUCUGGCACACGCUAGACUUUUCUGUCCCGAGUUUAUUUUGGCAACACGAUGCCUCCGACGCUGUUUCACAAACUUUUUAACAAGAGAAAUAACGCUUUUUCAUCACCGCCUCCGAGAUGUAACAAAGAGGAGCCCGCGUUCAGCUGGUCGGUGCCGCAGCUGGAGCCUUGUCAGAUCCGUUUGCUCGUGUAUCAGGACUGUGAGCGACGAGGCCGAAAUGUGCUGUUUGACUCCAACGCCAAGAAGAGAGGAGCAGAGGACGCAAACAUCACGAAUGCCGAGGGCCAGGGGAAGAUGUUUGGGAAAUGCUGCACACUCCGGUCCACAGGGGGCAGCAGUUCCCUGGACAGCUCGACCUCUUCCACUGAGACGCGGGAGACAAAAGAACAAGGAGGCCUGCGCUUCCAGAGCUCGCGGUGUUCGUCGGAUGUGGUGAUGUUGGGGGAGAUGAUGUUUGGCUCCGUCGCUAUGAGUUACAAAGGAUCAACGCUCAAAAUCCACCAGAUCAGGUCUCCUCCUCAGCUGAUGCUCAGUAAAGUGUUCACCGCUCGGACUGGAGGCAGUGUGUCCGGCAGCCUCAACACGUUGCAGGACAGCCUCGAGUUCAUUGGGCAGGACAACAGCACGCUCCGACCGGACGCUCAGACCGGCCACGGCGGUGUCCUCGGCCACAGCAGCGUCUUCGGGAACAUAGGACUCUCUCAGCUCUGCAGUCCACGCCGGGCCUUCUCUGAACAGGGCCCUCUGCGCCUCAUCAAAAGCGCCUCUUUUUUUUCAGGCCACAGUCACCCCAUGGACAUGCCCGGGAGAGGACUGCACCACGAGCGGGACAGCGGCAUCGCUCGCUCCGCCUCCCUCUCCAGUCUGUGGAUCACUCCUUUCCCGUCUCCGAGCUCGUCCCUGACCAGCAGCUGUGCGUCCAGUUACCAGCGUCGAUGGCUCCGCAGUCAGACCACCAGCCUGGAGAACGGCGUCUUCCCUCGAUGGUCGGUGGAGGAGAGUUUUAACAUGUCUGACGACAGCGCGGGGCCCAGUCUCGGCGUCGCUCGUAAAAAGAAAAUCGCCAUCGGAGUCGUCUUCACGCUGUCGUCGAACCCGGAGGAGAACAGCCGCUUCCAGGACUUCUUCUUCUCUCACUUCCCCCUUUUCGAAAGUCACAUGAACAAACUCAAGACCGCCAUCGAACAGGCCAUGAAGAUGAGCCGGAGGUCGGCCGACGCCUCACAGCGAGCACAGGCCUACAGCCGCAUGGUGGAGGGACUCAGCCAGUUCAGAAGCACAGUGUGUGACCUGUACACGAUGCCCCGAGUGGCCGAGCCCGUGUGGUUAACCAUGAUGUCAGGCACCUCUGAAAAGAACCAUCUGUGCGGAACCUUCAUGAGGGAACUGAGCCUCCUCAUGGAGCAGGCCUCCAAGAACCAGUUCCUGCCCGCUCUCCUCACUGCCGUCCUGACCAAUCACCUGGCCUGGGUUCCCACGGUGAUGCCCAACGGUCAACCGCCAAUCAAGAUCUUCCUGGAGAAGCACUCGUCUCAAAGUGUGGACAUGCUGGCCAAGACGCACCCCUACAACCCGCUGUGGGCCCAGCUCGGUGACCUGUACGGCUCCAUCGGCUCUCCUGUGAGGCUGUCUCGUACGGUGGUGGUGGGUCGCAGACAGGAGCUGGUGCAGAGACUGCUUUACGUCCUCACAUAUUUCAUUCGCUGCUCUGAGCUGCUGGAGGCCAACACUCUGGGAGAGUGCGAGGACGAGGCCAUCGUGAUGCCGGGGUCGCUCAUCACCACGGCGAUACGAAAGGGCGAGGUGGAGGAGUCGGACUACGUCCUGGUGACGGUGCACAAACCCAGCCAGCAGUAUCUGUCCCAGAGUCAGAUCUACACCUCAGAGCAGAGCCUCCAGAGCAGAGGCUCCACCGAGGCAGAGGGCGGAGCUGAGGUGGAGGGCGGAGCCGGAGACACUCUGGAGGAAACGCCGGGAGAGGACGAGGAGGACGAGGAGGACGAGGACAGCAGCGAGAGCCAGGGGUCCAGGAGCAGCGUGCUUCAAACGGCCCAGUUUGACACGACCGAGACCGGGAGGGCAUCCGACUCUACGCCGCUCCACAAACAGUCCAGCAGUCCAGUGGGAGCGGACCCCAAACUGGAAACGGUGCUGCGCGUCGGCUCCUCUUCUCCCAGGGAUUAUAAGGUCGAUGUUUCCGCGUCGUGUCCUUCGAACGCAGAGGCGAAAGACUGGGAAGACGUGGACGCCGGCGUAGCGAGUCAACCUGCUAAAGCGCAAGUGCAUUUAGAAAAGAAACCGCCCGAUAAGACGCAGGCGAGCGCGAUGCCGGUGCCGACGACCAGCGCGGGUCCGAUGGGGCUGACGGACGCUCCCAAAGUGACCUUUCAGAUCGGAGAUUCCAUGUCCCCCGAGUCGGACACGGAGAGCAGAGGGAGACGCAUGGCGGAAGGAAUCAAAAAACUCCGACAGAAAGGUUUCGUGCCAAAUCUGCCGCAGGACCAAACCAGAUCGACCAAUGACAACGCUUCGCUGCAGAGAACGACGAGUAAUGUCUCAAAAUGGACGCCGAACCUCAUCGAUGACUUUGACGAGUAUUUUAGCGCUGAAAAUCCAGUGGAAACCAGGACUAUUGACGAUCUGGUGAAACGCUGCGGCGACGCGGACACUUUAAACACAGACCGACUGACCGCGGGAGGUCAGGGAGCGGCCGGGAGUCCACACCUGCGGCCGGGUUCGGACCUGGGACAGAACAGGACUACAACGAGCAAAGGGGAAACGGGAACGAGGUGCAGGUGUGGCUCCGCGGACUCGGAUUUUAGCUGCACCGGGAGGGCGUCGGGUUUGACCAUAGGAGUUCCCGUGCUCCCGGAGGACGGCAGGAGCGGCGAGCGGAAAGAAGAGGACCAAAGGAGGAAGGUUUUGCCCCUGAGCGACUGGGACAUCCCGAGGAACGAGAGCUCGGACAGCGCUCUGGGAGACAGCGAGACGGAGGAGACGGAGGAGUGGCCCGAGGAGGUGCUGCCGUUCCCAGGGUCAAAGGUCGCGGAGACUUACUCCAGACCGAGCAUCGCCAACUUCGGCCGCUCGCUGUUCGGGGGAUACUGCUCCACCUACGUGCCGGACUUUGUACUGCACGGAAUGCCCAGCGACGACAAACUCCGGCAAAGCCUCAUGGGAGAACUCGCCCACGCCGUUCAGCACCCGGUGUUGGACGAGCCGAUCGCGGAGGCCGUGUGCAUCAUCGCAGACACAGACAGGUGGAGCGUGCAGGUGGCCAGCUCCCAGAGGAGGGUCACCGACAGGGACCGUCUGGGCAAAGAGGUCCUGGUGUCCAGCCUGGUGUCCAGCCUGCUCCAGUCCACGCACCAGCUCUACCGGCUCAACCUCUCCCCCAACUUUUGUAUAAUGCACCUUGAGGAUCGUCUGCAGGAAAUUUACUUCAAGUCCAAGAUGUUGGCCGAGUAUUUGAAGGGACAGACCCGAGUCCACGUCAAGGAGCUGGGAAUGGUUCUGGGGAUCGAGUCGAGCGACCUCCCGCUGCUCGCCGCCGUGGCCAGCACGCACUCGCCGUACGUGGCUCAGAUUCUUCUUUAGUCUCUAGAGUCAAAAUAAAUUCAAAACCACAAGCGGGAACGGCGGCCAUCUUUGUACCCCGGGACUCCUCCUCCUGCCGCCGGACAAACAGGAAAACCAAUACGCAGGCGGGUUUUCUACACCAGGGGGCGCAGUCGGACAUUUACGAGGAGCGAGGGCGUCCCACUAGAAUGUUUCCUGUUUUUUUGAAUGUUUGACUGUGAGAACUGUUUGGAAACAAGCCAAAGACAAGAAAUGUUUAAAGUGUCUCCAUGGAAACUCUAAUAACUAAAAUACUUUUACAAUCUCUGAGAAUAAGUUAUUUUACAUUAAACUUUGCGUCGAUAUUCUCAAGAUAAUUAUGUUUAUCUUUUGUAUUUGUUUACAAGAUUUCAGAUUUCUCAUGCGUUCAUUUAAAGGCGCACUGCGGAACUUUCCUGACGGUGUGUCCCGCAGCUGCUCGUCUCCACGGUGACGGUAUUACUGUGCCUGAAAUGUUCCACAGUGUUUGAAUCGCUCACAAAUCCCCCGGAAAAGUCUCAAUGGAGAUGGAUACAAUUAACUAAUGCCAUACGGUGGAACAUUUUAAUUAAAGCAACAACAUCUCCAUGGAGACGAGCUGGUGGCGAAUACCCUCCACCGGGAAAGUUACAGUGUGCAUCUUUACAGGCACUUCUAUAAAUAAAUAAAUAAAAAAAAUAUUGUGGAAAAUUUAAAUUUUAUUUUCAAAUUAAACUCCUAAUUUUUCAUAUUUUUAAUGGCUGUAUUUACUCAAAUUUAAUAUUUAGAGAUUUAAAAAUGAUGUUAUUGCUGUGAAAAUGUAAGUUUUCCACAAUAUUUUACUUUCUGAACUCAUUUUGACUCAUUUUGGGUUGAAUUCACUUUAGUUGAAAAGGAGCGGUUUAAGAUGCUCCUUCUCGUCGGUACAGGAGACCUACCUCGUUCACACUGAGGUCACUAUUUUACGACGUUUUAAACUUAAACCCGAUGCUGUUCUUCUAUUGAUAAAAAAGGGAAUAAUUUGAUUUUUGUUUAAUUUACAAAACAGAUGAUUUCUUUUCCAAACGUGUUAUUUCCUGACGGUGAUCAAACGUGUUUAAAAUGCUGAAAUGUUUGGUUUUUGUCCAUGUUUACGUCGCGCAGGCUUGUGCUGGACUCAACAAAGACACCGUUUCUACGUAGUGUCUGUUUAAAGGUGCAAUAUGUCACUUUUCUGCCACCUGGUUGUCUCCAUGGAAAUGUUAUUGUCCAGCCUAGAAUGUUCCACAGUGAAACCAGUUUAAAUGUUCGUUCAUGUGUUCAGUUACACGUGUCUUUAUUGCCAGGAUUCAGACGGUGACUGGGAUCGCUUGUCCGCAGACCUGACCUGUAAGUGUAAAUAAGUUUAAUGCCGUGCUGUGGGACAUUUUAGACAAAGUAAAAACAUCUCCAAAGAGACAACCAGAAAAGUUCCUCAUUUACUUAGUUAAUUUGAUCAUAACAUUACUACAAAUCCCAUUCACAGGGUGCGGUUUGGUUUGAGACUGGACGCCAUUUUGAGGACUUAUUCACUUUAAAAUACUUUACAAUGAGCAAGAUUCAUGUUUCAUUUUCUACACUCAAGAGCAGUGGUACUGUGGUUCUUAGCAGUUAAAAACACCAUACUGCGGAACAUUCAGACAAAGCGACACCGUCUGGCUUCAUGAGGCUUGUGGUGUGCGGUCUCUUCGCCGCCAUAUCCCUCGUGAUUCUCCUCGUGUCUGGGGUCUGGUCUUUGCGGCUCGUUUCAGAUCGUUUCAGGCUGAAGCUCCUCGUCGUGUGGCGUCUUUACUCGCACAGGCCCAGACUUUGUUCAUUCGUUCAUUUUAAAAACGCUCUCUCCUUUUCGACUUUUUCUUUUGCCGAAUUGCACCCUGAAACGACCCAAGUCUUAAACACAGAUCUGUCAAGACACGAGACCUGAUUUUGCUGGUACAUUUUGUUAAAUAUUAUAAAUAAAUUCUAUAUUCACGUUGCUGUAUCCUCCAAACGGCAGCGCUCGCCCCUCCUCUGAUCAGACCUGGUCUCUAUGGUAACUUAUUGUGUUUUUGUGUGGGGCGUUGGAGCUGUACAUACUGGGGUAUUUACAUGUAUUUGUACAGAACUGUCUCCUGGAAUUAUGGAUUAUUUUUUCCCAAUUUUAUGGGAAUGUUGUGCAAUAAAACCUGUUUAAAGCAGC